UAGGCGCGCGGUGCAUUGUGGGAGUAUCCCGCCGCCAGCGCCUCCUCCUCCUCCUCCUCCUAUCUUCUGCCACUGCUGCCGCCGCCGCCGCGGUCCCUUCCCGAGGAGGCCAAGCUUGGGAGGCGGGGGAGAGGAUGCUCCCCGGGCGGCCCCCGCAGCCGGAGGCAGAGCGCCAGGCGGGUCCGGGAAAGACCAGGCCAAAGCCGGGGAAGUACCCCAUGACAGUGCCGCACUCGCUGACUGACUGACGGACGGGACUGGGAGCGCCGCCCUCACCAACGGCUGCGGCAGAUAAAUGGCUCAUUUAAAUUGGGAGCUGCUACUAAAAUAUUCUCUGGCUGGCAAAUGCAGUGCCUAGCAGCUGCUAUCAAGGACGAACCAAACAUGAGUGGGGGAGGGGAACAGGUCGACAUUCUGCCGGCCAACUACGUGGUGAAGGACCGCUGGAAAGUGCUGAAGAAGAUUGGUGGUGGAGGCUUUGGGGAGAUCUAUGAAGCAAUGGAUCUCUUGACCCGUGAGAAUGUGGCACUGAAGGUGGAGUCAGCUCAGCAACCAAAGCAAGUUCUCAAGAUGGAGGUGGCUGUCCUAAAAAAGCUACAAGGGAAAGAUCAUGUUUGCAGAUUUAUUGGUUGUGGCAGGAAUGAGAAGUUUAACUAUGUUGUCAUGCAACUUCAGGGCCGGAAUCUUGCAGACCUCAGGAGAAGCCAGCCGCGGGGAACCUUUACACUGAGCACAACCCUCCGAUUAGGCAAACAAAUUCUAGAAUCCAUAGAAGCCAUUCACUCAGUGGGAUUCUUACAUCGAGACAUCAAGCCUUCCAAUUUUGCCAUGGGACGCCUGCCCUCCACUUACAGGAAAUGUUAUAUGUUAGACUUUGGUUUGGCCCGACAAUAUACCAAUACCAAUGGUGAAGUUCGGCCUCCUCGUAAUGUUGCUGGUUUUCGGGGAACAGUCCGUUAUGCAUCAGUGAAUGCUCAUAAAAAUAGAGAGAUGGGCCGCCAUGAUGACCUGUGGUCCCUUUUUUACAUGUUGGUAGAAUUUGCAGUUGGCCAACUUCCAUGGCGCAAGAUCAAAGACAAGGAGCAAGUUGGUAUGAUUAAGGAGAAAUAUGAACAUCGAAUGCUGCUAAAACAUAUGCCUUCUGAAUUCCAUCUUUUUUUGGAUCACAUUGCAAAUCUGGAUUAUUUCACCAAACCAGAUUAUCAGUUGAUCAUGACUGUGUUUGAAAACAGCAUGAAAGAAAGGGGGAUUACAGAAAAUGAGGCCUUUGACUGGGAGAAAGCUGGUACCGAUAUCUUAUUAUCUACAAGCACCUCCACUCCACCUCAGCAGAACACAAGGCAGACAGCAGCCAUGUUUGGUGUGGUUAAUGUCACUCCAGUUCCUGGAGACUUGCUCCGUGAGAACACUGAGGACGUUUUGCAAGGAGAACACCUCAGUGACCAGGAGAACGCACCCCCAAUAUUGCCUGGCCGGCCAGCAGAAAGUUUAGGUCAGACUCCAAACGUUGCCUUCAAUGAAGGAGAGGUCUGGGAAGAGACGGAUGUGAACCGCAACAAACUCAGGAUCAGCAUCAGCAAAACACAGUGUUUGGCAGAGGAAGACCAGAAAAGUGGGGUGUGCCCCAGCUCCCCAGUACGAGCUGCACCAGACUCCCCUACAACUCAGGGGCGCUCUCUAAGAUAUCGCCGUGUGAAUAGCCCUGAGUCAGAACGAUUGUCCACUGCAGAUAAAGGAGAUCAACUAGAGCGAAGGUCACGAGUGGAUUUGCCUUGUUCUCCUUCACGGCUUGUAUGCUCUUCCCAGCCAGCACAAAUGCUCUCCAUUGACACUGGGCAGGUGGACAGGCAGGCGAGUGGCAGGAUGGACGUAUCUGCCUCAGUUGAGCACGAAGCCCUCAGCAAUGCUUUCCGAUCUGUGCCCCUGGCUGAGGAGGAGGACUUUGACAGCAAAGAAUGGGUUAUAAUUGAUAAAGAAACAGAGCUGAAGGACUUCCACCCUGGUGCUGAACCAAGCACAUCUGGGACUACAGAUGAAGAGCCUGAGGAACUGAGACCCAUCGAAGAGGGCGAAGAGAGAAGGCGGCUGGGGGCAGAAGCAGCAGUCAGGCCAAAAAUACAUGAUGGCAGAACACGGGGUAUGCAGACUGUGGCCGAGGAGGACAGUUCCCACAGACAUGAAGGGCACUGUCAGUCAGUUUCUGACAGCAAACAUGAACAGCAGCCAGGAAGCCCUGCACAGUCCCCCUUGUAUUCAGCACCAGCUAUCCGACAGCGGAGACGGGAAUCCGAGCCUACUGGUCCUGAGAGACAGUUGGAGGAGGACAGGCAUUCUCAGCACUCCCUCCCGAGGUACAGCCCCCUCAGAAGACUGGCGUCCUCCGUUUUCUCCUCCUCAACCCUGGAGACAGAACAGUACCCUCACCUUGGCGGCACUUUCAUACAGCGCAGCCGUUCGGCGGAGAGCAGCCCCGUGCGCAUGCCCCACCGCAGGCACAUGCCCCUCACAGCAGGAAACCACAGACUCAUGCCUUCUGUCCUCCGCAUUUCCAGAUCCCAGCUCCAGCAGGUAUUCACACUGAAGCCUUUUGAAAUGAAUGGUCUCCCCAAGGUGGUGCCUUUAAGUUUGCCUUAUCAAGAUUUCAAAAGGGAUGUAUCAGAACAAAGAGAAAGAUCCAGAAUCUUCCAGCGUGCAAAGAAAGUGGAUUUCUCAAAUGUUGUCUUAACUGCCCCUUGCAAAACACCUACAGCCCAUUUGGAAAUGGCAAAUGGAAGAUAUGAACAGGAGGGAGAAGAGGAGGAAGGGGGAGAGGAGGAAGAUGAGGAAGAUGCUGGUGAAUUAGGAGAAGAGCUUGACAUGCACAGUGAAUCCAGCAGUGAUGUGAGCCAGAAAAGCACUGAGCGAAGUCAGGAAGGUGCCCCAUCUACCCUCUUAGCUGAUGACCAAAAGGAGUCCAAGGGCCGAGCUUCAGCUGCAGAAGGAGACUUGGAACUUGAGGAAGGCUCAAAGACAUUGGUUCUCUUUUCUCCAGGGGAUAUAAAGAAGUCCCCUGUGAACACAGACCUGGCUCCUGACGUUGAUCUUGGAACUCUUGCUGCUUUGACACCUCAAAACGAGAAACCUCAACCUAUGGGAAGUCAGCUGGAUGUAUCCGAGCCAGGAACAUUGUCCUCCAUUCUCAAGUCAGAACCAAAGCCUCCUGUUGCUGUGGCCACAGCCUCCUCCCCUUUUACCAAAGUUGAGCGCACAUUUGUUCAUAUUGCUGAAAAGACCCAUUUAAACAUUAUGUCUUCCAGUGGACAGCCGAUGAGGCACGAGGAAUAUCCCACUCCAGGACAGUUUGAAGAGAUAAUAGUUGAAGAAGAACUAGAAGAAAAUCAAGUUUUGGUAGAAAAUGGAAGCGUGAAUUCAGCCCUGGAAGGAGGAGAGAUGGAGAGCUGUGCUCUUUCUGUCAACCAUAUUGAAACCACCUCUGAUAUUGGAGCGGAACAGGUCUUGCUUCUUAAUGGAAGCAAAAUGGAAGAAGAAGAGCUAGAACUUAAAGAGAAAUUUGUCCCUCAGUUAGAUUUGGAAGAAGUAGAUAAGCCAAUUUCAGAAGAGACUAGCCUUGAAAAUCAAAAUCUUGCGACGGAGUCCCUAAAACAAAAAGAAACACUUCCUGAUGCUCCAAAAGAAAGUCCCAAGAAGCCCUUGAGCAUCAGGUACAGAAGCCGGAUUCCUAUCUUACUCUCUGAAGAAGACACUGGUUCAGACCUUUCAGGAUCACACUCUGGCAAGGAGAGAUUGUAUAAGCGGCUGAAACAGCAGGAUUUGGCCCGCCUGGUGAUGGAGAAAAGACAAAAUCGUCUGCUCAGAUUAGCUUCAGGAGCUUCAUCUUCUGCUUCUUCCAGUGAUGAGAGGCGACGAGCUUCAGAAACCUUAUCGGCCACUGGAUCUGAAGAGGACACCCAUGACUCAGAUGACUUUACCCCAAAGAAGAUGGGAAUUCAGGAGAAGUUUUCUCUAGUUAAGACUGAUGAGAGAAGUCUAAGUACAAAGAGCAGGAUCCCUCGUCCCGUUGUGCCUGUAAAGCCACCAGUGAAAGAAUUGAAAUGUGGGAGCCAUUCAAUACUUCUAACACCAGCAGUGAGUAGCAGUCCUGGUGACAAGGAUAUGACCAACAGAUUUCAAGGGCAAAGAUCCUCUGGGAAUGUAUCUGGUGACUCCCGAAUAAAACCAGCCCUAAACCCUACUGCCCCUCCCUUACGGAGCAGUCCAAGAAAACUCCUCCGUCCACCAGCUAGGAGUCCCAUCCUCGCUCCACGAAACCUCAGUGCUUCCCCCAAAAGCCAGUCACUGUCCAGAAAGGAAAAUCCUUCACCAUCCCGGCAGCACAGGCCAGGGACUACACACCCUCUGCCGGUCCAGCCUUCUUCCAAAGCUCCCUCCAGAGCUCAGGCAGUUGGGGGGCAGUUGGCAGAUGCCCCUGUUUCACCAGGUGUGCUCCGAAAAGGACAAAGGGGGAAGGCCCAAGCCCAAACUCAAACUCCAGCAACCAAAGGAAGACAAGUAUCCCAGGAAGGCAAGGCUACUGCAAGAUAAUGUUCUGCUGCUGCCACCCUUUAGACCUCCCGACCUACCAUCUCACCAGGCUGGAGAAACCUCUGCGUAUAGCAUACACUCAAGUUGCCGCAGCUCAGCCUUAUUGUGUCGGAAAAUACAAGCGUAUAGCAGCUAGCUGUACUUCAGUGCUUCACUUGCCCACAUGCCCACGCUCUCUCGGUCCAGCUCCUAACCUGGCUGAGGUCUUGCCGGCCAGCCUCAUGCUUGCUUAUUGCCAGCCACCAAGCAGCGGCUCGGGCAGCCUGCCUAGUGCCUGACUGUCCUUCCCCACACACCAUUGUUUUGGUUUCUCAGUUAGCAAUACUACAGUCUCCUUCUCAGAGCCCUGACGGUUUGAUAGGUGAGACAUCUUUUGGUAACAGUGGAAAGGUCAAUGGGCAGAGCUUAGGGAAGACUUGGUGUGAACUUUUAGAUUAACUCAGACAGCCCAGUAACCCCAUCUCUCCCAUCCUUCCCCCUGGCCAUCCUUUAGUAUGGCUAUCAUAAUGCCACCUGUCCACGUGGCUGUUAUAGUCCCCCUCUCUAAGUACUGACAGAACAAAAAUGAAACAGACUCCUCAGUAUCUAGAAUAUUAAGCAAGGGGAUUAUGUAUCUAAAACUUCUAGACAUCAUCCCCUACAGAUGAUUGUGACCCAUAAAAUGUGUCAGCUCACUGGCCUGAGGGGCUUCUUGCAGGAGAAAUGAUAAAUCUGUUAAGGAACGGGGUUCCACUGGUCUCAGUGUAAUCUGAGAGUGGGGGACAUGAGUUCUGUUUGUUCAGCAGCUACGGGUUUACUGUACACUGAGUGAUAACAUUUUGUGCAGUGGCAGCAAGAAAAAUGUCCCUAGAAGACCAAGCACGUGGUUUAUUGGCAAAAAAUGGAAUAAUACAUGGGCAGAAGAAGUUCUAACCUCAAAGUAUUGUCUGUGGAGGCUAUAGAUUUCCAGCAUGCACAGUUUCCCCACUGAAUCCAAAUGCAAGGCUCACUGACCUAGUUAACUGUCUCCCCUGCUGGGAUCCAUUCCCCCUGCUGGUAGCAGAAAUGCAAAUAGCCACAUACACUUUGCAGUAGGCUUCCUUUCUCCAGUGAUAAUAUCUGUUUGCAUUAGAAAUCCAGCUGUGACACCUGUUGUCAUCUACUGUAUUUACUCUGUAAUACAUGUCAGAGUAGAUGGUGCUCAGAUUGGCGCUUGUUGGCAAAACAGCGAGAAAUUUUGACAUGGGCUGUUGAACCUGGUAUAUUUGGGAAGCGGUUGAAUUUUUUUUUUUACAGAAUCUGGUUUCCAUGAGCUGGCUGAGAAACUGCAGGAACUUGCCACUAGGCCCAGGGGGUAAAAUACCAUUUUAUAUGUAAGGGCUUAUAGUACAUCAAAGGAGACAUCUGUUAGGUUUGCAGAACUGUAGCAAUACAACAAGAACUUAUCGUCACACUGAAAAGCCUGAAGAAAUAAAGGAUGCUGAGCCACAUGUGGUAACAUCUGCAAAAGUCUUUAGGCUGCAACAUGAAACACAACAUAUGGGGAGCCUGAAGAGAAGAAUCAAUUGCAUAUUAGCUCUGAGCUUGGAAAAGUUGUUUUUCAUAGUAUCAUAGAAUCUUAAGAGUUGGAAGGAAUCACAUCGGCCCUUUUAAAAUGAAAACUCCCUAAACCCUAAGCUUGCCAACUACUCAUAUUUAUUGGGAGGAUUCUGGGUGUUUUAGGCCAAAACUCCCACACUUUUCC